AUGCAAUUUUACUUUCAACACCCGUGUCUGCUCAACGACCCUCGAUUGAAGGAUGAUAUUUAUGCCCCACGUCAGCGACGCAGAAACAGCGGCUACUAUCAUUCUGCUCACAGCAGCACCAGUCCCCCAGCUGUUCCAUUCUUAGACCAACAAGUCAUUAUGGAAGAGAUUAUGAAGAACAAGAAUCGCCACCGUCAGCAGCAGCAUCCACGACAACAUCGCGAAACACCUGUUGGUACCCAAGAUGAUGGCUUCGAGUUUAUUGUAUUUCCUCCUCACGGCAUGAACAACCGUCGUCGCAGCAAUAACAUGAAUGAUUGCAAGCGGGACGACUUUCGAAUGCCAUGCCAAACACCAUCGCCAGCACCAACUUCCAAGCAACCAACGGCUGCAACCAACCUAGCCGAUCCUUUCUUUGAAAUGGUUUUUGCCGGUGCACCUUCUCAGUCCCGUGAACGUCAGCAACCGCCGGAACGUCCACACCAAGCGCCAAAGCAAGAGAAGAAGGCAGCUCCCAAUCCAGUCGAUCCACUCUUGGAGCUGCUCUUUUCGAAUGCACCAUCUGCGAACCAGGAACGUCCGCAACAGCAGCCCAAGCAAGAGAAGAACUCAGCUGCGCCCCAGACAAUCGAGCCACUCUUGGAGCUGCUCUUUUCGAAUGCAGCUUCUGGAAAGCCUCGUCGUCGUCAGCACUCGCCGGAAGAGGCUACUCUUUUGAACUUGCUCAACGCACAACAGCGUGCUCAGAAAGAGCAAGACAAGACAACCCAAGCAACCAACGAACAACCGAAGACUGUUACCUUUGGAACCGUCUCUGACAAUCAUUCCAAUACCAAUGCAGUCUAUCAGCUUCCUCAGCAAUGGCACAUCCAAGCGACUGACCAGGCCUUGAUUCUGUCUAUUGAUGUGGCGGGUUUUGGCACAAACGAUUUGAAUCUUCAGGUCGAUCCCAUCCGUCGUCGCUCGAAUAGUAUCAGUACCAUGCAACUGACCUUGAAGGCCAAACGUACGAAUGCCUUGGGCCAAAUUUGGGAGCUCGAGCGUACCAAGACUUUGGAUGCCAACCUCUACAAAGUAAAUGCUGUGGAAGCAAGUUGCGAUGACGACAUUUUGCAAAUCACCAUUCCAAAGAAGACCAUCCAACCUACUACUCGAGCCAAUGGAAUCAUUCCUAUUCGUGCUUCUAGAACACCAACAACAACACCAACAACAACUACUACUACUCAAGAAGCGGAACAAGAAGAGAAAACUCAAGAUGAAGAGGAGGUUAAGCUGAUUGGACUUCCAGAUUUUCUAGCUGCCAUGGCUGCUCAAUAUGCCGAAGAGCAAGAAGAGAAAGAUGAAGACCAAAAAGAAGAGAUGACUAGUGUUCCAAUAUCGCUGGAACAUCAAAUGGAGGCCAAGACUCAAUUGGAAGCCCUGGCUGCUGAAUUCAAACAAGCCUACGAAGCUGCACUCUCGAAACCAUCUUCCGCUGUAAAUGACGCAAAAGAUGAUUCUGGCGCAAGCGUGGGCGUCAAAGAAUCGAACCAGGUGACACUACAAGAGAAACUUGAUCGCUCCAACAGCGGAUCCAAUGCCUCGAACGAUAGUAGAAACGAAGAUGCUCCUACAGCUGAAUCCGUUGUUAAACCAGUUGCAUCCUCGGAGGGAGUCACUCAAGAGAAGGAGGGGAUUGUCGAAAGUGAGGAGGCAACAGCAUCCUCAAUGCCUGAUUUGAUAGCGGAUACUUCUGAAAACGAAGUUCUUGAAGUCAAGCGUGAAGAUUCAAGCAAUGGAAAUUAUGUCCCUGUUGCUGAUCAUUGUUUGGCUGAGACCAUAGAUCAUGAUAUUGACCCCAAGCUGGAGAGUAAUGGAGAAUCUUUCGAUGUUGUUGAUUCGAAGGAAGAGAAUGACAACGAAUCCUGGGAAGAUGUCAGUGCCAAAGGAUAA